GAAAAAUUAGGACACCAGAUCACAUUUUUCUUGUUUCCAGUGUCUCACGCUUUCAUCCUGUCACAGACAGCUGGACAGACGGGCUGAUAGGAUGCAGAGAGUGGUGAUUGUGGUUUCCCUGGUGGUCCUGGGGUGGGCUUGGACCACCCAUGGGGUUCCUGUACUCACAGAAGCGGUUUAUCCCACACAGGAGAACUUUGAUCUGGAACAGGUGAGUGGCUCAUUUCUGCAAUCUUACAUGUUUUUUUUUCCUUCUCUUUUAUGUAUAAUAUUCUGUGUCAUACUCAUCAUGAAAAACAGCUAAAAGUUGGUGACACAGAAAUACCCUAGUCUCAAAAUAUUCACUUCUUUCUCCUGAUAGCCUUUACCUUAAUUGUUUAAAAAUUAUUUUUGUGCUGUCACCAGAAACCUCUGUGCACUAACUGUGUCAAAUGUUUAUUUUGAAUGGAUAAUUAAAAUGAGAGCUAAAAACAUUAAAUUGGAUGAAUAAAGACUUACAUGUAGUUGCAUGAGAGAACUUCAGUUUAAAGCACAUGAAGUGCAAACAUCCUUUUCACUGACAGAAUUUUGGUGUCCCCUGUAUCCCAUGGCCAGAUUUUAUAAGCAGGAUUUGAUCAAUGAGCUUUUCAGCAGACUUUUGUCUUUACAUUUUUAAGAGCUAAUGAGUGUCCUUAAUCGGCACCUCUGCGAUAACAAUCAUAAUUUUAAAAAGCACUCUAUACAAAUAUAGGUAACACUUUACGAUUACCAUAACUUAUAAAUGGUAACUGGAUAGUCUAUUAAUGUUUAAUCAUCAUUUUUAAUAGCAUAUAGACCAUUAAUAAAUUAUAAAUUUUACAAUUUUAAAAAUCUAACCCAGACCCUAACUCUAACUCUAACUUUACAAUAACUAUCCAAGUAAUGUUUAUAGGGGGUUUAUAAAUCACUUAUUAAUCAUUUACAGAGUAUUACAAACAUCAGUUGCAACUGUACAGUAACCAUCUAAGUAACUUUAAAGAUGGUUUAAAAACCAAAUAUUAAUCAUGUACAAAGUGCUACAGGCACACAUUUUAAUCUAGAUGUUUUACAACCAAAAUUUAAACCCCAUAUUAACCUUUAAUAAAUAGUCCAUUAAUAAUUAAUGAAAAUUAAAAAAUCAUAAUUUCAUUGCUUGUUAAUGGUAAAGUAACUAUUAACUUACAUUAUUAAACUAUCAAUUUGCCAUUUAUAAUUGGUCUAUAUGCUGUUUUUAAAUGAUGAUUAAAUAUUAAUAAACUAUCUAUUUACCAUUUAUAAAUUACAGUUAUUGUAAAGUGUUACCCAAAUAUUUCCAAAAACAAUUUGACCAGUUUGAUGAAAAUGCUGAGUAAACAUUUAAUUUUUGAAGGUAUUUCAUCCAGAAAAAAAGUACCCUCAGUAAUUUGAUAGGCUGUUUAAAAAACUUAAUCAUCAGUUCCUAUUUCAGUGACAGAUUUGAUGUGUAUGAUAUUAGUUGGCUGUAAAUAUCUUAUGUUAUGUCUUCAUUACAGAUUUUUGGAACCUGGCAUGAUGUUGCUGUGGCAACUACAUGUACCCAUAUGCGGCAGCACAGGGGAGACGCACCCAUUGGGAAACUGAUCCUGGAGAGAGGCACCGUUGACGGCAAAAUAAAGACGACUCGAAUUGUUCAACGGUUUGUACACAGACACAUAUUAAGUUUUACACACUGAGUCAUACUUAAGAAAAAAAGCACAAGAAUACAUGUUGUGCAUUAUUUGAUAAAAUUAUUAAUCAGGAAAAGUUUUUUUUUUUUCAAAACACUACAUUACAAAUUUAUAUUUAAUGUAAGAUUCUGUGCUAAGAACUAUAUUUUAUGUAAAACUGUAAAAAAGUGUCUCAUUUCAAACUUCUGAGCCAUCACAUUACUCUUAGUUUGCCUCAAUAUUAAGUCUUUGUUGUGUGUCUGUAGUCAUGGAACAUGCAGGGAAAUGUCUGGGGACUAUGAUCUGACCUCCACACCAGGGCGAUUCUUCUACCACAUCACCAGUACGUCUCCUUCUCCUUUUCUUCCUCCUCCGUGUGGUCUUAAAAUGACACAGCUCUGUUUUUAGUCCGUCUCAUUCAGAAGUUUCAACAAGUGUGAUGUUUCUCCCUGUCAUUUCAUCAGGGUGGGCAGCAGAUGUGGACGCCUACGUGGUUCACACAAACUACAACGAGUAUGCCAUCAUUAUUAUGAUCAAACAGAAAUCCUCAGGGGACAAGAGCACUUCGCUUAAACUUUACAGUGAGUGGACACUCUGCAAAGUGCUUUGUUUCAUUUUUUAAUUUGUAAGGCACAUUGUUAAUCUCAAGGAUUAGAUUUUAUUUAAUUCACCCCCAUUAAUGCUCAUUUUGUCUAUGGUUUAUUCAGUCUUAUUUGACAUGAAUAAAUUAUCAUAAUAAAUAAACCAAUGUUGCUUUUUUCCCCUUCAGGUCGAACCAAGUCUGUGAGAGACACCGUGCUAGAAGACUUCAAAGCUCUGGCCAAACAGCAGGGGUUGGGUGACGACACUAUAUUCAUUAAGCAAGACAAAGGUACAAUGCAAACACACAACUUGAAUUUGUAUUUAUUUUAUGUAUAUGAAUUAAGCAACCCAAUAUACUUCUGGCAAAGAGCAUAAAACUCAUGUUGUAGCCAUAGUUUCAACCUUUAGCCAACUUUCCAGUCUUGUUUUUAGUCGGGCCUUAAAACUCACUCUGAUGUUAUUCUGUAUAUCGAACCUCCAUUGUCAUGAAACCAAACAACACUGCAGAUAAAUAUACCAUUAAUGCAUAGUAAUACAGAAAUAUGUUAUUUAAAAGAUCUUAACACCUAUAAAAGUUUGAAAAAUAAAAUGCAAAAAAACAAAAAAUGAGUUCAGCUCUAAUUCAGUCAGCGUUUAACUUUCACUUUUAAAAAUGACAUAUUUGAUGUUUAUUUGUUAUUAAUCCAGUUCUAUGUGUUUCUAAACUAAAAGCAUUUUUCCUGAGAGGCUGAUUCAUAUCCUUUUAAAUAUUUGCAUCUAAGAUUGUUUUAAAUACGUGCACACCAAAAGAAUAAAUACUGGAGAGAAUAGAUCCAGUUGAAACAAUCUUUUGAAUUUUUAAAUUAUGGCAAAUGUUCAAAAAAGCAAAAAAAGACUAGCAAAAAUACUGAAUUUGUAUAACAGUAUUAUUGAAUUAUGAAAGAGAUUGGUUUCUAAGUCAUAUUGUUUCAUUUGAUGUCUUUGUAGGUGACUGUGUUCCUGGAGAGCAGGUGGCAGAGCCGGCAGCUCAGCCCCAGGUACUUAAAGUGCAGUUAUCAAGCUCAGCUGCAUUCUCUUAUCUUGUGUGUUUAUAUAAUUACUGAAGAAAAUAUUCACAAAUAUUUUAAACAUAAAAAGAAAGCUAGUUUUUGUUCUUGAGUUUUACCUCUUGAAUGAUUUCGAGACACUUGGCUGGAGAAUAGCCUAUAGAUCUUUUUCAGCAGUUCAUAAGUAGAGUACAAAUAGUUAUAUAAACAAUUAGUUAUAUAUAUAAAUAAUACUUCUCUCUCUUGUUGCUAAAGAAGCAGAACUAUUUCUGAUUGGUAACUUAGUAUCAGCUGCAUUUAUAUUGACACAGAUUUAUACUUGAAUAUAAUUUGCUGACCAAAAAAUUGGAGAAAUGAAAAAUGACCGCACGGUAGCGUGUCCCGCUCAACAUAUCUUAACUUCUCCAAUGCCAUUUCAGAAAAGAAUUACAGUGUAAAGGUUGUGGAAGACAUACCAGGUCAGGUGUUGGUUUAGAGUCAAAACUAAAUACUCAUGUGUCUUAGUAGCUCUAACUGAAUAUGUUUAUGGUAUCAGCAACGGAGGAGGAGACAUAAGGAGCUUACAGCGGACCUUGAGGAGCCUGAGGGCUCUGGUGAUGAUACCCCUCUUUUCAAUGUCACUGGUGAGUACUGAGACUUCAUAAACAUGAUACCAUAAUACACUUUGUCACAUACCAGAAGAUAUGAGAUCUUGAUUCAACUGAGUGUUUUUUCUCUUUUGUUUUUUGUCUCAUCUCCCUCUCUGUCCCUGUCUCUUCCUGUAGAGGCCUGUAGUGCAAUACCAGAUUCAGGACCAUGCUUUGGGCUGCUCCCGCGUUUCUUCUACAACUCUUCCUCAAUGAGCUGCGAACACUUCAACUACGGAGGCUGUUUGGGAAACCAGAACAACUUUGAAAAUGAGAGAAACUGUCUGCAGAGAUGUCGCAAUGAAGGUAAGUAGUGACAUGAAAAAUAGGAGACCUGCUAUCUGUUCAUUAUAAAAUACACAAUACAUCUGUUUUUCUUUUUUUGAAUCUAUAUCCAGAUCAGUCUGCAUUUGUCCAUGACUAAAUUUUGUGUAGUCUUCUUUGCGUCGUAAUCUUUAAUCCUUAAAAGUUGCUGCAACUAAAGAAAACUUCUCGCUGCUUCCCUCUCCCAAACUCUUACUGCUGUAUUUAACAAGGCCUGAUGAACAACCGUGUAACUGGUGUUGGUACCAACAUCUGUUAAUGAGAUGUGAAAAAUACAAAAAGAAAACCCUGAAAAAACAUGUAAAUAUUUAAUCACUUUGUUUUUUUUUCCUCAGCUGCGUGCCGUCUGCCUAUGAAAGCCCAACCUUGCACAGGCCAGCCACAAAUCUGGGCCUUUGACUCCUCUGCGGGGCUGUGUGUGGCUUACAAAACGGGUUUCUGCCAGACCAAUGCAAACAAGUUCUACAGCAAGGCAGAGUGUGAGGAGUACUGUGGGGUCGUUCAUGAAGGUGAGGAUACACAGACAUACGUCAUCAUCAUGCAUCACUAAAAACAAUCUCUAAACCCACAUGUGACAAAAGCAUUCAACGUGUUUUCCUUCUUUACAGAAGCAGAGCUCCUAAAGACAAACUGA